AUGGAGGGCGUUGAAAUGGCAAAGCGCGGAGAGGAAAGCGGGGAGCUGGCGAUGCAGCAAUGGGAAGACUUUGACAACUACAGCAAAGAGGAGAAGCUGGAAGUGCUUCAAAAGUGGGCCAACAUGGAUGUGCCCGCCAUUGCCGUGGCCACAGUGAAGGGGGCGGUGGUGCGGCACCCGGUGCUGGUCUCCUUCUGGGCUGUUGGGCUCCUCAUCGCCUCCCUCGCCGGGGGACUUCCCGUGAACACCUCCCAGGAGGAAGCGUAUCACAUUCUGCUGCAGCAGGCGGAGGUCAUCGACAGCCGCGAGCUGGGCCAACAGGCGGAAGUGGAGCUACAGAAGGCUGAGGCCGUUUACCAUGCCUCAAGCGGGCUGUUCAGCUGUGACGACACCUGCCAGAAAGCCUUUGACAAGGAAUCAAACAGAGGCUACCAGGACGCAAAGGCAACGACGGCAAACUGGGCGAUGGUGACUUUGGGCAGCGCUGUGUUCCCCGACUCCGACCCGGAAGAUGAGGACUUCAUCCUAGAGGAGACCGAGGAGCCAGCCGCGAGAAGCCAAGCUGCGCGAGGAGCCGACAAGGCAGCGCGCCGGAAGCGGCAAAAAGCAGCUGAGGAGCUUUGGGAAGAAAUGCAGAAGGAGGAACUGCAGUCGGCAAAGAGCUGGGUGAAACGUCCCUGCUUCGAUCCGCUGUUCCGCAGCCUUCAGCAGCGGGUUCCACCGGUGCAGCGAUUCGCUCCAAAGAAAGUGGACGUUGCAGCAUCCGUCGCCAGCUAUGGCCAAUGCGCCGAAGAGGGGCAGUGCAAGUCAGCCAAGGAGAUGAAGCAGCGUGUGCGUGCGGAAGUGGCCGCACCGCGACCUUCCGCUUCCGCUGGCUCUGUGUCCAAGGCUUCGAUCUGGGCGCAGCUGGCAAAGUACAGCUUCGCCACGGAGCCUCUGCCAUCGGCCAAGGAGAUGAAGCAAAUGGUGCGGGGCAGCAACACCUCGGGCACCAAGAAGCUCGCGCUGAAGUUGCCAUCUAGCACUGUGGUACAAGAGUCUGUGCGCUUCGCGGGGGAGACGCUGCUGCUACAGCGCCGCCUGCAGCCAGGGGAGCAGCAGAGAUAUCUGCAGACGCAGAAGCGGAAGCAGGCAGCAAGGCUGGGGGGCAGCCUGAGAGCAUUAGACCAGCUGCUUUCCAAGGACAAGGAGCUGAACACGAUGGAGAAGUCGGGCUUGGAUUGGAAGCAGCACAAGGAGGAGGCGGGGCUGGAGCUGCCGAAGGACGAGCGCGGCAGCGCGCUGGAGCGCUCCGCCUUCCUCUCCCGCGCCGCAGCGAGGGCCCAGCACGCCGCCCGCGCGCAACUCCGCGCCGCCGCGCGGAAGCGGGCUGCGAAGUAA